AUGACUGUUUCUUCCAUAGAAAAUGCUCUAACCCACCAUAUCAGACAGAUCGUAGAGACGCAUUUUGACAAGAAUCAUUUCAAGGUUUUUUCGUUCGUUUUCAGCUUGAUAACGUGCCUUUGUGCGGCUUCGGUUCUUAUUAUCAGCAUAUUCACACCAUGGCUUAUCCAAUAUCUAAAUUACAACCAAUUCGUCAUUAAUAUUAUCGGAGCAUUCAUAGCCAUAGGAAUGUACUUGCCUCUCCCCUAUCUGGGCUACUUAGCAGACGUCCAUGGGCCGGUUAUUUUGGCUGUGCUGAGCCUAUUCAUGUUUUUUCCAGGCUACAUGGUGGCCUCAUUGGUUGUCAGAGACAAUUUACAUUACAUAUAUUUAUGCAUUUCAUAUGGUCUGAUUGGCUGCGCUACUUCAUGUUUAUACUUCAGCUCGCUGUUAACCUGUGCCAAAGUUUUUCCCAACCACAAGUCGUUGAGCAUCACGGCUCCAGUCGCAUGUUAUGGCCUAAGCUCGCUUUUGUUGUCAGGCCUGUUAGAUUCGGUGAACUGGUUUUAUUAUGUGAAUGGAGACUUGAACCUGUACCGGUGUUUCAGAUUUUUUGCAUUCUUUUAUUUCGUCCUAGGAGUUAUCAACUGGGUCUCAUCCGUCAUUGUCACUAUAGAACGAGAUUUAAUCUUUGAAGAAGAACAAAUUCCGUUGAUAGAACCCGAUGAUAUUCAUAAAAGAGACUUUAGCGUUUUUUUAAAAGAUCAUUCAAUGUACCUCUUUUUGUUUGCAUUCUUUCUCAUAGUGGGACCAUUAGAAACUUGCAUCACUAAUAUUGGCUCAAUUACUACAGUUAUAGAUCCUAAUGGUAGGAAAGCCAUUCCUUUGCAAGUUUCACUCCAUGCUAUUUUUUCAACAACCUCCAGAAUUUUGGUGGGUGGAUCUUUGGAUUAUCUUCCCAAGAUUGGGGUUACUCCUGUUCAUUUGAUGAUUGUGCUGGUCUUGUCGGGGACUUUAGCUUUCACAUUAAUAACCCAAGGAUCACACAUGGAUUUGAUCAGUAUUUUCCUUGGAUUUUCUUAUGGAGGGCUUUUUGCCAUCACUCCCAAUAUUCUGGUGUCUAUAUGGGGAAUCGGCAUAUUUGGUUCAUCGUGGGGUUUAUUUAUGUUAGCUCCAGCUGCUGGAAGUACUCUCUUCGGUCUGUUAUAUGCUUUGAACUUUGACACAAUGUGUAAAGUUGAAUCAAGGUUUUGUCUAUGGAAAGUAUUUUCCGCGUUGGCACUAUGCACAGUUACCAGUGCUAUCAUAAUAUUUUUCUGCAAUAAAGUUUGGGCCAAGAGAAAUGCCUUCAAGUGUUAG